UUUUCAUAUAAUUUAUUUAAUAAUGGGAAUUACAACCUUUUCACAGAAUAAAUGGGGAGGUCGUUCAGACUUCUCUCGACCUAGUGUGUCAUCUAGUACAACAACAACAACAACGAUGGUAGAAGCAGCAAAGGAAGAAGAGACAGUACAAAUAAGUCAACCUCGUUUUAGUGUGUUUGGAAAGAAGGCUAAAUUCAAUAGCAUCAAUCAAAAUAGCCUAUUGUUGGAUAAAGAGAGUAGUAAGAAUACAGCACCCAAGAUCCAAAAGUUUGAAAUUCAUCCUUCCACCAUUUCGGCUGCUAAUAUUAAACAACAACAAGACGAUUUGAAACCUGUGUUGCAUUCGAAAAGUAAAAAAUCCGUAUCCUUUGAUCCUAUCUUUCUUGAAAGAGUUUGUCUCUUUAGAGAGACUCAAGCUCCUCAAGAACUAAAGGAAGCUCAUGACAAGAGGUUAGAAAAUCCUCCUUUUCGUCUGCUCUGUCCAAACUGGCCUGGUUCAGAGAAUGAUUCAAAUAUUUUAUUGAAUAAGAAAUCAUUUACAAUUACACAUGAUAAUCAAUCCAUCAAAGGUAAGCUCUCCAUUCGUAAUUUGGCUUUGGAUAAGUCCGUUUCUAUACGUUAUACUUUGGAUGGUUGGACUUCUGUUACGGAUGUUGAUGCCGUCUUUUUUGGUCCAAAUCCAAAAAAUGUCGCCUUUGAUAUUUACGAAUUCUCAAUGGAUUUGGGUUUUGGUCACUUAUCCGAUCAUGGCGAAAUGCGUGGAAAACUAGAAUUUUUAAUCAGGUUUUCGGCGGGUGACAUGGACUAUAUGGAUAAUAAUCAUGGCCGCAAUUACCAAAUCAAGAUUAUCGCUGAUCCGUUAAAUGAUCCUUGGGCAUCCGAAAAGCAAUUAGAAAAGAUCCCUGACCAUCACCAUCAAUAUCCCGAUAAUAAUAGUACAGAUGAUGAUGAUGAUGAUACGGAGGAAGAGGAAGAAAUAGAGGAAGAAGAAGAGGAAAAGCAUAAUCAGUUUACCAAUGCUCUCAAGGGUUAUAAACAUGCUAAACCAUUUCACCUUAAUAAGCGUCAACCAUGGCUUGGUACAAGGUAUGAUUUUGGUCAGUCACUGUCAUUAGCCAAGAGAGCUCCCUAUGAAUCUUGGUCACAUACAGUCAAACCAGACCCUACCUUUAUUAACGAUUACUUCCUGGCGAAGCCGAUAUCUAUACAGCCUAGCAACACUGAUAAUUCAACUAAAACUGUCAAUGUGCCCCCUACACCACCUAAAGUAACAUCCACCACAAGUACACCUACCAUUCCAAGCUUUAAACCUACCUAUACCACCUUUUCUUCCUCUUCUGCACCACCCAGUCCACGCACCUCACCUACAUUAUCUUCAUCCACUCUACCUCUACCCAGACCUGCUUACCACCAAUCACAAAGCACUUCAGCAGUGAUAGAUACCUUGCCAUCCUCCACUUCUCCCUUGGACAUUCAUUCUAGCGAUUAUUUGUAUCUUGUAAAUAAGUAUUGUUUCUACAAUGGUGAUAAUUCUAAAAAAGAUGAUUCCGUCAACAGUGUAUAAAUCAGUUUUUUUUUUUAUAUAUUUUAAUUACAUAUAAUUCCAUCUUUUUUUAUUUUUUUAUUUAUACCCCUCCUCUUUAUUAAACGCACAAAAAUAAAAAAAAUUAUUAUUUUGGCCCAUAUAAA